CGCAGCGCAGUCACCACGGCGUCUUGUCGGCAGGAGGCGGAGCGCUGCCCGAGAAGCCUGCUUCACUGGUAGCGCUUUCCUUUUUCGCUUUGCCGUUAGCGCAGCAAGUCGCCAUGGCGCUUUAUGAGUAUGUCACCCCGGAGCAGCUCACCGGCUUUGACAAGUAUAAGUACAGCGCCGUCGAUUCCAACCCCUUGUCAGUGUAUGUCAUGCACCCGUUCUGGAACUCUGUCGUAAAGAUUUUGCCCACAUGGCUUGCCCCAAAUCUCAUCACAUUCACCGGCUUCAUGUUCCUGGUGCUCAACUUCCUCAUGCUAGCUUUCUACGACUUUGACUUCGACGCCUCGGCCCAAGGUCACACGCACGUCCCGACCUGGGUGUGGGUGGCAGCUGGAGUCUUCAACUUCAUCGCUUACACUCUGGAUGGUGUGGAUGGGAAACAGGCCCGCAGGACCAGCUCCAGCACGCCACUGGGGGAGCUCUUUGACCACGGCCUGGACAGCUGGGCCUGCGUCUUCUUCGUGUCCACAGUGUACUCCAUCUUCGGGCGUGGUGAUACGGGCGUGGACGUGCUGACGCUGUACUACAUCCUGUGGUCCGUGCUGUUUUCUUUCAUCCUGUCCCACUGGGAGAAGUACAACACCGGCGUGUUGUUCCUGCCCUGGGGAUAUGACAUCAGCCAAGUGACCAUCUCCGUCGUGUACAUCAUCACUGCUGUGGUGGGUGUGGAGGCGUGGUACAAGCCCAUAAUUGGGAACUUUUACUACAGGGACCUCUUCACUGUGAUGAUCCUGGGCUGUGCGUUCAUAGUAACUCUUCCAAUGAGCCUUUACAACGUCUUCAAGUCCUACCGUGGCAGCUCCCUGAAGCACAGCUCGCUCUAUGAGGCCUUCCUGCCCUUCCUAUCCCCGGUGAUACUCUUUGUGCUCUCCACCCUCUGGGUCUGCCUCUCUCCCAAUGACAUCAUCCAGCAGCAGCCUCGCAUCUUCUACCUCAUGGUGGGCACGGCCUUCGCCAACGUCACUUGCAAGCUGAUUGUGUGCCAGAUGAGUAACACGCGCUGCCAGCCGCUCAGCUGGUUGCUGCUGCCCAUGGCGCUGCUGGUUCUACUGGUGGCGUUGGGCGUCCUGAAGCACAGCGAGGGCCUCGUGUUGCACAUCUGGACCGGGCUGGUGCUCCUGGCCCACAUCCACUACGGGGUGUCCGUGGUUCGUCAACUCAGCGCACACUUCCACAUCUUCCCCUUCUCGCUGAAAAAGCCCAGCACCGAUUGACUAGAGGAGGAGAAGAUGGGCCUGCAGGCUGUGGAGGUCUAGCAAGCCUAUCCAUCCCCGUGCUCCACAUCACCCAGAAGGGGGUGCCAUUUCCCCCAGGAGACACCCAGCCACUCAGCGACAUGCAGCCCAGUCCUCCCCUCCCCCUAGCAGCCCGGCUUGGGGUUGGUGGGGGGGGGUGGGUGAUCUUUUCAUUGUUUUCAGCAGUGAGGUUUGCUUGUUUCCUAAGGAAAUGUGCUUCAGCAUUGACGGCACACCAGAAGCGGCCUGGUGCCUUUUUUUACACACUCUCUCAUGAAUGUACUGUGCAAGGCCUCCUUUCGCUUUGGUUGGCGUGCAGUCCUCUCUAACUUAACACGACUCUGUCCGUCUCAGCACGAUUGGGCGCAUCAAACUGAGAAGACCAAGACUUGCUCAGUGUAAGAUCAGUCCAGUUCAUAGAAUUACGAGCUGUUCACAGCUCUGGGGUCGUGUGGCUCCGCUGUUUGUGACUCUCUAUGUUUUCCCAUCUUGCGGGUGGUGGUGUCAGCAUGGCCUCUUCCUCUCUUGCCUGGCUCUCUCUCUCUCUCUCUCUCUCUCUCUCUCUCUUUAGUUUGAGCUUGAAUGAAGAGUGUACCUCAAACCCAGUUCUGGAACGGCUAUACUCUGAAGGAACAAGCAUGUGUUUUAUUUUUUAAAUUUUUUACAAAAUGUAAGCACUAGUUUCUACUCGUAUACAUGUAUAGUUAUAUGGUUAUUAUUUGUUAUCGUUUUCUGGUCAGUGGAUGGUUGAGUGGUCGUAGUCGUUCAUUUGCGUGAUGCCAGCAUAUCAGUCCUAAAGUGACUCUUGAAAUUUUGUGUAUGUAUGUGUGUUAGGAAACUGAGCAAAGCUGAAUUUCAGAUUUGAUUUCUCCAAUUUUUUUUAAAUUGUAGCCUCUUUUUUGAGAACUGUUCAUAUGCCAUCUUGACGGUAGUCUGUAAGAAGUCUGGGUUGUGCCGGUUGCCCCCUGCAGUGGAUCUUGCCUGGUGUGCGAGUAAAGGCCAUGUCUGUGUUUACAUUACGUGUCACUGUCACCAGUACUCGCUACAGCUAUCGGUAACCGGUCACCUUCAGUCCCACAGAAGUGCUCUGGCUUUCCAAAUGAUGCACUCUGUGUGUCAGUCAUGUUCGUUGAAGUAUGGAUGGAAUGUAAUCAGAAGCAGCUGAUUGGUGUACGGUGUGUUUGUUCUGGGGAGCUCGGGUCAUCAUGCCAUGUACAGAUCGCCGUGUGCUACAUUAUUCUGUGCGCUUGGGUACUGGGCUUUGUUCUUUUCAUACAGUCAGCUUUUUCCUUGUCAUGACCUCACCCCAGACAGGUGUGUAUGCAAAUAAGUGGUAAAAUUAGUAUUUGAAAUAUUCACUCUAUAUAAAUUAAUGCUAUUAUAAUGUAUAUACAGGUUGAUGAAAUGGGGAUAGACCACCUUCCUGUAAAUAUCACAUACAAAGUUAAUCUUGCUGUUUGACUUUUAGCGCAGCUUCAGUUGGUGACCAUAUGUACGCGGAUACUUCAGUAAAAUUUGAACUGUGGCAGAUGGACCUUAUUUUGUGAAGAAGCCAUUUCCGUUUCCUGAAUUUGUCACUGGCUAAUGGCGCUGUAAUCACUUUUUGGCUACUCUGUGUGAAGAGUUAGAUAAGGAAUUCGCUGUAACUUCCUACCUCAGAGUAUUGUAGUACAGGACUGAGACUCUGUCUUCAUGACCUCAUCCAGUACAGGUUGAUCGGCUGACGUUUAAAAAAAAAAAAAUGGGUAGCAAGAGGGGACAUUAUUAUGGUCUGGCUUUUGUGAGUUUGUGUGUACAGAUGUGUAAUGCAGUGUCAGGUACGUCUGGCGCGUUUCAUGUGAUUUAUAUCUGUGUACUGCUGUUGACAAACACCUAAAUACAUUAUUGGCCUCUAAUGACUUAAUGCUGUGACAUUCAGUUUUCAACAGGAUAUUUGUAAAAAUGGCCAGUGUUUAAAGUAGAAGGCCAGACACUAUAUGUGUGUAUAUAUAUACACACACACACAUAUAUAUACACACAUAUAUAUAUAUACACACACGCAUUAGUUCUGUUUGCCUAGUAAAGUAAUAAGCUGUGCAUUGCUCUAGUAAUCCGACUGACAGCAUUCUUGUUUCAUUAAAAAGUCUUACCAUGUGA